AUGUUUAUUCAUGAAGUUGAUUUAAAUUCAUAUGAUAUUUUAUUAUCAUUAAUUAAUGAUGAUAAUUUAGCACAAAAAUUUAUAUCAAUUAGUCUUGAAAAACUUUUAAUAGUUGAUUAUUACAACGACCAAAUAAAAAUACAAAAUCCAUUAAAUAAUGAACAUGUUAAUAAAGAACAAACAAUAAUUGAUAGUUCAUCAAUAAUAUCAUCAUCAGAUAAUAUUCUUAUUGAACUUGUUGAAGAAUUAUAUGAACGUACUAAACAAUCAUCAACAUUACCAUAUGAGGCUUUACUUUUAUUACGUCCUUUAUCAUUAUUACUUGCACAUAUUAGUUUUUUUUUCGUGCUUUAA